AUGACAGCUCGCCCCCCGCACCGCCCCGCGCCGCCCGGCGGCCCCGGGAUUGGCUCCCACCCGGACCCGCCUCCGCCUCCCACUACAGGGUCGCGCGGCGCCUGCCCGCUGGGCCCCAACCCGGAAGUGCGGCUCGCGGGCAGCGGCGUGACGACGGCGAGCGCGGCCAAUGAGCGCGGGCGGCGGCCUUGGCUUGAAGGAAGUCCCGCCCAGCGCCGUGCGGGGGCGGGGCGGCGAGCGACGGGGCGGGCGCAGGGUGAGGGCGGCCAUUGCUGGAGCUCCGCUGCGGAGAGGAGGACGCUGAGGAGGCGCAGAGGCGCGCGGGGCUGCGGAGAGGAGCCCGAGCCGCCGCGGGGCCCAUGGCCAGGACCACCAGCCAGCUGGUGA